CAGACACGUCAUGCAGGAGAACUACGAGAACGUGGCCUCGCUGGGGUUUCCAGUUUCCAAACCUGAUGUGAUCUCCUGGCUGGAACAAGGGGAGGAACCCUGGGUCCCAGACCUCCAGGACCCUGAGAAAAGAGAGACCCUGAGAGAGGCCUGCACAGCAGAUGGUGGGAUGGUGAAUGAGGUGGAGAAUCCUCAGCAAGACGACGCUGAGCAAGUAGAAGCACAUGGGACGUUAUCGGAAGGAUCCAAAGGGAAUGUUUCCGGGAGCUGUGCAGAGGCAAACGCCUGUGAGAGUCAGCACAGACCAGAGAAAAAGUUCAGUAGAGGCUCAGACCUUAUUAGAUAUGAGAGACUCAACGCAGGAGGAGCACCCUACAUCUGCCUGGAGUGUGGGAAAACCUUCAGACAUAAGAAAGUCUUUAGCAGACAUCAGAGAACCCACACUGGAGAGAGACCGUACACGUGCUCCGAGUGCGGGAAAAGCUUCAGUCAUAGCUCAAACCUUACCACGCAUCACAGAACCCACACUGGGGAGAAACCCUUCACUUGCCAUGAGUGUGGGAAAAGCUUCAGUCGGAACUCAGAGCUUAUCGUACAUCAGAGAAACCACACAGGGGAAAGACCCUACACUUGCUGUGAAUGUGGGAAAAGCUUCACUCGGAGCUCAGAGCUUAAAAAGCACCAGAGAAUCCACACUGGAGACAGACCCCACAGAUGCCCUGAGUGCGGGAAAGGCUUCAUUAAUAGGUCUCAGCUUGUUACACAUCAGAGAAUCCACACAGGAGAGAGGCCUUACUCAUGCCCUGAGUGCGGGAAAGGCUUCACUUCUAGCUCACAGCUUGUCUCGCAUCAGAGAAUCCACACAGGAGAGAAACCUUAUUCAUGCCCUGAGUGCGGGAGAAGCUUCAGUUCUAACUCACAGCUUGUCUCGCAUCGGAGAAUCCACACAGGAGAGAGAUCCUUUUCAUGCCCUGAGUGCGGGAGAAGCUUCAGUCAUAGUUCACAUCUUAUCACACAUCGGAGAACCCAUACGGGAGAGAGGCCCUACACAUGUCCCGAGUGCGGGAAAAGCUUCAGUCAGAGCUCAAACCUUGUCACGCAUCAGAGAAUCCACACAGGUGAGAAACCCUACACGUGCCUUGAGUGCGGGAAAAGCUUAACUCGGCGCUCACUGCUGGUCAUACAUCAUAGACUCCACACAGGUGAGAGACCCUACACAUGCCUUGAGUGUGGGAAAAGCUUCACUCGAAGCUCAUUGCUGGUCAUACAUCAGAGAAUCCACACUGAAGAGAGACCUUACAGAUGCCCUGAGUGCGGGAAAGGCUUCACUUGUAGCUCUCAGCUUGUCUCACAUCGGAGAAUCCACACAGGAGAGAAACCCUACUCGUGCCCUGAGUGUGGGAAAAGCUUCACUGAUAGAUCACAGAUGAUCACGCAUCAGAGAAUCCACACAGGGGAGACGCCCUACACAUGCUCCGAGUGCAGGAAAAGCUUCCGUUCGCGCACUCAUCUUCUCGCACAUCAGAGAAUCCAUACGGGAGAGAAACCGUACACGUGCUCUGAGUGCGGGAAACGCUUCAGUCAGAGAUCAAAUCUUAUCACACAUCAGAGACUCCACACAGGGGAGACGCCCUACACAUGCGCUGAGUGCGGGAAAAGCUUCCGUCGGAACUCAGAGCUUAUCGUCCAUCAGAGAAGCCACACAGGAGAGAGACCCUACGCUUGCUGUGAGUGCGGGGAAAGCUUCAUUCGGCGCUCAGAGCUUAAUAAGCACCAGAGAAUCCACACUGGAGAGAAACCCUUCGGAUGCCCUCAGUGCGGUAAAGGCUUCGCUUCUAGCUCACGGCUUGUCUCACAUCAAAAAAUCCACACAAGAGAGAAGCCCUAGUCAUGCCCGGUGUGUGGGAAAGGCUUCAGUCAUAGUUCAUGGAUCAUCACGCAUCAGAGAAUCCACACAGGAGAAUAACACUAUCCUUGUAUUCAGUAGGGCUGCCCAAAGAUUUUUUGGUUUGGGUUUUGUUUUGGUAAUACAUUGGUUAAUUCCCACGUAGUGGUCUUGAAGAUUGAUUGCACCAAUUCCUUUACUGUAGUCUCUCAGCUCCCUUCGGGUGAGUUGAUGCCUUCUACCUUUUGCAACUCUCCUUACUUUGGGGUGAAUCCUGUGAUCCUUUCUAUCAACUCCCUUUGUCCUUUGAGUUAUGGGAGUCUGUGUCCCUUUUGACAGAAAUGUCCAUCAGCCCGAGUUGAGGGAGAGGGUUGACCUGAUCUGGCUACAAUGACAUAAAAACUAGCUGUGCCUUUUCUCCACUAGAACUGUACAUUGUUAGGCCACGUCUACACUACCACUUAUGUCGGCAAAAGGUAUGUCACUCAGGGGUGUGAAAAACACCCCCCCCCCAAGUAACACAAGUUUUGCCAGCAUAAUUGGCAGUGUACACAGCGCUGUGUUGGCAGGAGAGCUUCUCCCCCAAUACAGCUACUGCCGCUCGUUGGGGGUGGUUUAAUUAUGUUGACGAGAGAGCUCUUUCCCACCAGGAUAGAGCGACUACACAAGAGAUUUUACACCAGCGCAGCUGCAUCACUACAGCUGUGCCGCUGUAAGGUCUCUAAUGUAGACACGGCCUAAGUUGCUUAAAUCAGCUAUUUGGGUGUAAAAACACAACUAUCUUUUCAGGGCGGACAUAACCCAGGUGCGGUGGUUGUGGUUAGCUUUCCCCUUGUGCUGACCUGAUCUCCAUUACCGGUCCUAGUCCUGAUAAACCCUGAGCAUCACAUUGCAAAGUGAAUGUUAGUCACCAGAUUUCCUGGUUGGGAAAGAGUCUCGUUCUCAGGUUUUCUGACAUAACUUGUGGUUGUGCUGAAGAGGAGGUAGUUUUUUUCUACCAGUUUUCUGAUUUAGAAUAUAGUGAGAUGUAAUUAAAAGGCAGGAGGAAAGGUAGAAAAAAAGUAUCAUUUCAGCCUUUCCAGAUGGGAAGGUUGGCUGAUUUUUCCCUAUUAUGAUGAUGCUAAAACCUUUGUAACUAGCGUGACUGAAUAGUAAUGAUGUGGUGCUGAGUGAAGAAGGUUUGACUGGAUCAGAGGACAGCGUAAUAGGAAAACCGGUUCUAAUUUGGCAUCAUGAAAUGUAAGAUGAUCUGGAAUUUCAUUUUAUAUGAUACUGAAACUGUCUUAUUCUCUUAUGUGUUGUGGGUUUUUCUCUUUCCUGAGGGCUUUUGAUAACGUAACUGGAUAGUUAGUUUUUUAUGAUAGGGUGAAGUUCAGGUUUUUGGUGGAUUUUGAGACAAAUGACUAUUUACUAAAACAAUUUAUUUUUGUGCAUGUCUUUUUUCCACUCCUCCGUUAUGGCAUGGAGAAAGCUCAAGAGCAGUUCAGUCAUCAGGAAUGAAUACUCAGAGCUAUUGGAUGUAUUACCAGAGAGAGAGUAGCUUUUAAAAUUGUACAUCUAACUAUGGAACGGAAUCGAAUAACACUGUGAUCAUAUAGCCCUGGUCUACACUACGCGUUUAGGUCAAUUUAUCAGCGUUAGAUGUAUUUAACCUUGCACCCAUCCACACGACUAAGCUUUUUUUUUUUUUUUUUUUUUUACUUAAAGAGAACUUAAAAUCUAUU